UGAACGAAAUUGCUUAUGUCAUUACAAAGCGAAAGAUAGCGUGCCCAUGUUUUUACCUUUUACGCUAUUGUAAGAGAAGAGACUUACACAAAUUACAAAUUUAAAAGUUAUAGUCACGAUAGAAACCUAAAUCUUCAAAAUGACGCAAACAUCGCUGCCUAAUCCUAACACAUUGUUACCUCUCGAACUUGUGGACAAAUGUAUUGGUUCCCGGAUCCAUAUCAUCAUGAAAAACGAUAAAGAAAUGGUCGGCACAUUACAAGGGUUUGACGAUUUCGUGAAUAUGUUACUGGACGAUGUUACGGAAUAUGAAUCCACGCCAGAAGGAAGAAAAAUAACCAAACUAGACCAGAUCUUACUGAAUGGAAACAACAUAGCAAUGCUGGUGCCUGGUGGUGAAAUGCCGGGCGAUUCUUACGACGGAUAGUGAUUAUUGCAAUUUAGUUUAUCAAAUAAAGUAUUUAUAAGUGUA